AGUUGACGAGCUGAGCUGUUGGCUUAAAGACGCAUCCGAGAAGCAGUUAUCCGUAUCUGAAAGAUGCAGCUUUAAACUGAGUCGAAUAUAGCGGAAAUUGUGUGUGCAUUCUAAGGUUCUAAUUUUGCUGCAAUUGGAAUUCACAUCUCACCCAAGUCUAAUUACCCGCAAUUUCAUUUUGAAAGUAACAAAACAAAAAAAAGCGAAAAAAGUGCAAACUGACUGCUUAAUUAGCUAGAGUGUCAGUUGCUGUUAAUCAACGCUGUUAAUGCCACUGUUAACUGUCUGUUAACUGACUCUUGUUGUGUGGAUCACAUCGGAAUCGCAAAAUGAAUGAUGCUGUUGCCCCUGGCCACAGUCCAACAGCCUUGAACUCCACACAGAACCUACGGAACGAAGUAGAAAUCAGCAUAGAGAAGGUCAGACAUACGAGUAAACCCAAAAGUGAAGGCGGCUUCUGCCGCUGGCUGCUGUUCCUCCUGAUGAUACCUUUCCUAGGAGCGGGCACAGGGUUGCUCUGGCACUAUCAAGGUGCCUGGCAUGGACUGGCUGCACUCUACGGCAGUUUAAUGUUGCUGCUGUUGGUUAAGCCCGGCUGGCGCUGGUUCUACAUAGCUGCAGUCACGACUCCGCGUGACACGAUUGCGCUGAUUGCCUACAUUCGUGUGAUGUUGUUUGUGAAGCGACAGGAGCGCAAGAAUCUCAACGUGGGUGACAUCUUCGAGGCGAAUGUGGCUCAGCAUCCGGAUAAGUUGGCCAUCGUCAGCGAGUCCCAACAAUGGACAUUCCGACAGUUGAACGAGCAUGCAAAUCGUGUGGCGAAUGUUUUUCAUAGCCACGGCUAUAAAAAGGGUGAUGUGGUGGGUCUGCUGCUGGAGAACCGUGCCGAGUUUGUGGCCACCUGGCUGGGUCUCUCGAAGAUCGGCGUCAUCACGCCACUCAUCAACACGAAUCUGCGUGGCGCCUCACUUCAGCACAGCAUCAAAGUGGGCAACUGCACCGCACUAAUCUACGGCAUCAGCUAUAGAACGGCUGUCAUGGAUAUAGCCAAAGAUUUGCCAGCCCAUGUGGGUCUCUAUCAGUUCAACGAUGAGACGCAUUCAACGGAAGCCAGCGAUGGUCUCACUCAGGGUUUGGCACAACAACUGAACGCACUAUUGGACGCGGCACCCAAGGAUAAGGUAGCUGCAGGUGCUACACGUCCCGAUCAUCAGGAUAAACUGGUCUAUAUCUAUACAUCGGGCACCACAGGACUACCCAAGGCAGCUGUCAUCACGCAUUCACGGUACUUCUUCAUUGCCGCUGGCAUACACUACGCAUUGGGUUUCCGGGACAAUGAUGUGUUCUACACGCCGUUGCCCCUCUACCACACAGCUGGCGGUGUGAUGAGCAUGGGACAGGCGUUGCUCUUUGGCUCCACGGUGGUCAUACGAAAGAAGUUCAGUGCCUCGGGCUACUUUGCCGACUGUGCCCGCUUCAACUGCACGAUUGCACAGUACAUUGGCGAGAUGGCCAGGUAUAUAUUGGCCACACCGACGACGUCACAUGACCGACAACAUCAGGUGCGAAUGGUCUUUGGUAAUGGAUUGCGUCCGCAGAUCUGGACGCAGUUUGUGGAGCGCUUUAAGAUUGCCAAGGUGGGUGAAUUCUAUGGCGCAACGGAGGGCAAUGCGAAUAUUAUGAACAAUGAUAGCACCGUGGGCGCCAUUGGAUUUGUCUCUCGCAUAUUGGCGCAGCUGUAUCCCAUUUCCGUAAUACGCGCCGAUCUUCACACGGGAGAACCUAUUCGCAAUGAGAAGGGUCUCUGUGAGUUGUGUGGCGUUCUGGAGCCGGGCGUCUUCAUUGGCAAGAUUGUUAAGGGCAAUCCAUGCCGGGAGUUCCUCGGCUAUGUGGAUGCCAAGGCCUCGUCCAAGAAGGUUGUGUACGACGUCUUCUGCAAAGGUGACAUGGCAUUCAUAUCGGGGGAUUUACUGGUGGCCGAUGAGCGCGGCUACCUAUACUUCAAGGAUCGGACGGGUGACACGUUCCGCUGGAAAGGCGAGAAUGUGUCCACCAGCGAGGUGGAGGCCCAGCUGAGCAAUCUGGUCGGCUACAAAGACACCAUUGUCUACGGCGUAAGCAUACCCCAGACGGAGGGACGUGCCGGCAUGGCGGCCAUCUAUGAUCCAACUCGUGAGGUGAACGUGGACACAUUGGGCACUCAGCUCUCCACAACGUUGCCCAACUAUGCUCGUCCCAUAUUCCUGCGCUUCCUGCGACGCAUUGAUCUAACUGGCACAUUCAAACUUCGCAAGGUGGAGUUACAGCAGCAGGGAUUCAAUCCUGCAGCCAUCGAGGACGAAUUGUUUUAUGUACAACCAAAUGGCAGCUAUGCGCCACUUACCGAAAGCAUAUUCCAGAGCAUACAACGCAAUGAGGUGCGAUUUUGAGCAUAAGAUAAGCUAGGAUUAGCUUAGGUUUAGUUUUAGUUGAUAGAUUCGUGUAUUGUGCUAGUGUAUUAAAUAUAUAAAUCUUACAGGC